AUGGGUGCUUUCGAGUGUGUGAGUCCUAAUAAACUUUCGCCAACUGAGAGUCAGGAGGUGUUCACUAUCAGUGUAUCGUCUAAUUCAACUUUGAAUGAACCGAGACAAGACUUGGAGGGACAAUCUACAAAUACAUCAGUAUGUCAACGACAUAAGCUAUGGUGGACGUUAGGCAUAGACAUUCCUUUACUAUUAAUAUACCUAGCGCUUGUCGGUCUGUUCGAAUUGGGCGUGAUCCCAAAUCGAAAGGGAGGCUUCCACUGCAAUGAUCCCGCGCUCAGCCACAAGUUCACCGGCGACACCGUCACCACGGAAGUCAUCAUGUCUACGAUACUGAUUAUACCACUCAUCUUCCUUUUGCCGACCGAAUAUCUUUUCGUACAGUCAGAUUUCUUGGGCCAGUCGAAGCUUCGACGGUCGUUGAAGAACUGUUUCUACUUAUACAGAACUUAUAUCUACGGACUGAUCAUGAACCUUGGAGUCGUGGAAGUCAUGAAGGGCCUUAUGGGCAGCCCACGACCCACGUUCUUCGAUUUAUGCCAGCCAGAUGCCGCUAAGACUUGCAAUGGGUCUGAGUACGUAAGUGACUUUCAGUGCACCCCCAACCAGUACGGGAGCUGGUACCAGAUGGAUUCCUACAGGAGCUUCCCAUCGGGACAUGCAUCUUUGUCCGUCUACUGCGGGUUCUUUUUGGCAUGGUACCUCCAAAGACGUGCGUUUAAUUGGCAACACCGAACCAUUUUCCUUGUGCCCGUCCUACAGCUACUCUGCGCCAGUUUCGCCGCAAUCUGUUCUCUGACCAGGAUCACAGAUCAUCGACACCAUUGGUGGGACGUCCUGGUCGGCACAUCUAUUGGAUUCCUGACUGUUUUAUAUGCUGUGGUGUUAACCAAAAACUUCAGAUACGACUAUUCAAAACCAACGAGCGACAUAAAGUCAGAGAGCGUGAAUACAGUAAAGACUCUUUUGUUUGAAGAACGUCGCAGAGAAACCAUACCUUAA